AUGGUAUGUCUCCGCCGCCUGCAUUCCCCCUCGACCUGCGACUUUUCUCUCCCCUACUCCCUACUCCCUGAUCGAGAAUGCCUCGACAGCUCGACCUCUUCUCGACUCGACUACUCCAUCUGAGGGUGUCCAGCUCGAUGUUUAGGAUGGUGUGCGCGUGCAGGACAGUGUGAUGCAUGGGUGUGGACGUGGGUGAUCGCGUACGGGCGAGCUGGCUGGCUGGUUGGCGUGGGGUGUGGGUCUGGUCUCGCAAGCGCAGGGCUUUUUUCGCCUUGCGCACGAAUGCGACCCCCGCCCCGACUGACCUUGGCCACUCCCGCCUGGCCCGCCUGGCCCGACUCGCACAUCACGUCACGCCCACUCGCUCGCCUCCUUACCCCCGCGCGACUCUCGUGUGUUUCAACCCCUCCAUCCCACACAUCGAAACCCCUCAAAGAGUCAUCGCCCUCGUUCGACCCAGAUCGAACCACCACAAAUGUCCGCCACACCCCUCGGCGAGACAACGUCCUUUCCCUUCGCAUCGCGCAGCGUCUCUGGGCGGUCUGAACCACUCGCCUCUCCGCGGUUCAGGCCCUAA